UUUCUAUAUCUAUAUUCUAUAUAUGUGCUCAAAGCUUCAAUGAUAAUUUGAAGAUGAAUCCUGCGUUCUUACCACAGUAUCCCGGCGCGCAUCCUCAAAUGCAUUAUUUUCCCAGGCCGAUGUUACCAAACUACGUACCUUGGCCUAACUACUCAGAUUUAUUUCCGGGAUAUCCAUGCUUCUUCAUACCACAAUACCCGCAAGUGUCUUUGAUUCCAUACGAACAAAUCCAUCCCUUAUAUAUGAAACCGCAAAUUCCCUACAUCCCUGCUGCUCCACAUUGCCCACCCAGGCCUGUUCACCCGCCACGGUUGCCAACUUCGCUUCAAUCAAAUGUACAACGACCAUCUCGAGACAGACAAGCAAGAUAUAAUGCAGCGUUACGUGUCCAUGAUAACACUGCAUUUCAAACCCACAACCCUACAAUGGUAGAGCAUUAUAGAACAAGAGAUGCUUCAUCCGUAGCUGGAAGAAAAUUAUUCUCUGGAUUGCGAAGAACUUUGAACGACGCAACAGUUCAACCUUCCAUCGGAAAUAGCGUCAUUGACGGUGGAAGAAAACGAAGGCUGAGACGCAGACGAAAGAAAAUUCUCGACACCGACAAACAACUUGGAAUUGUUCAUUCAGAAGAACUCAGCAGCAUCAAUAUGUCAUCCCAUCUCAACACACAGAUUCCUACUAACACAAACGAUGACGAUGCAAAUUAUGAGACUUGUGAUGAUGAGGACGAUUUUACGGCCAUUGCAACGGAUUCAAGGGCAUUGAAAUCUCGACAGUGUACUUUAGAUGAUUAUCGUGAAUCUGGAAACGGGCACAAUGACGUGGCACAAAGCAAUGCCGAUUUUACAGCAAUCGCUACCAACAAGUCUUACUCGCAUGUAUUCUCUGUAAAAUCUGCCACUCACUUUCACGGAAAAAAGGGAAAUUCUGUCUCCAGACGGGCAGUGCUGAGACGAAGACGUGGUAAUCUAGAUGCGACUUCACACAAUUCCGAAGUCGGCGUAGGAACAUCUAGAAAACAAAAGUCGCCUGUGAAACCUAACACAGAUAAUUACUGGGGCGCAGUUGCCAAUAUUGAGUCGUUUUGGGAUGCCUCCAUUCGGUCGAUAUGCUCACGAAUGGAAUCGGAACUACGGUUAGGUGUAGUCGCUGAUAACUUGUCUCCGCACAGGGAUAAAACAGAUUGCCGUUGCAAAAAUUGCCUGAGAAAAAGAUCGAACCAAGGCGGCUCCAAAGCGAUACACCAGAAGGACGAGCAAAACGAGGACCAGAAAUCGCCUGAAUUGUGGUGGGACAAAACUGCCGGUACUGAAUACGAAUGGUCCUUGAAUUACGUGAACGAUGUGAACAAUAAUACUCCGAGCUUGUCGCCAUGUGAACAGACCAAUAAAUCGGAUGAAUAUGUUGUUGUUGACCUUAGCAAAGAUGACGUCACCCGGAAGUGUGAAAAUGCGGAAGGGAAUAACAAUCCUGGCGAUGAGAAAGAUACAUCCGAUGAUUUUUGCGAAAUAUCGAUUUCAAAAGAUUCUAAUGUUUCAACAAAACGCCGUUUACUUCCCGUUGACUGGGAUUCCAUACAACAAGAUGGCGAAAACUCCAAAGAACAGAAGACUUUGGAUUCCCAAACAGAGCAACCGCCUCCCAAUAUUGCAGAACUCGAUAAAGCCAUUGUUGACCAUGGUCCUCUGACCUCUGACCCGCACACAAUGCCCGAAGACUUGCAAGCUUCGAUAUCAUUUACGCUUGAAAAGCUAGGCUGUAAGAAGCGAAUAACCAACAAAGACUCAUCACCGAUGCCUAAACAGGGCAACUCUGAAUGCGGCAAUAUUGAGGCAAUUAAAAAUAAAGCGGAGUCAAAUGGGCCAGCUCGUGAAACGGUCCGUACUAGUUUCAAACAACAGCAGAUAAUUGGCAGUAGUUUGACAAACCGAUCGCUGUCCAAUCCAUGUAUAAGUAAUCUCGACUACGUUGGUAAACAACUUGCAAAAGCUGGGUCAAUUAGAAGGACUUCCUCAUGCCCAGAUAUUUACUGUAAAAUUAAGCUUGAAGCAGAUGAGUCGGAUACGCAGCAGAAUAAGUCACUGGUACUCGAGGAAUUUAAGUUUGGUGAUUUAUUUCGUCGAAGAGCUUGUGCUGUAAGCGGAUCCGUUUCAGAUCAACCUUUCAUAAAGAAAAGUGACAAGCGUGAGAAUACAAGUCAGAAUUAUUUGAAUAACAGGAAUUUCUAUGACGCCUCGAAGCCAAGAGUAGGGGCCUCCAGCCUGAGCGACAAUGAACAACUGCGUACUAAGGAUAAAGCUAGUGAAGGAAAAUACACUCAGAAGAGGAGAGAUGGAGUUGGUUUUACACAAAAGCAGGCAUGCUGGUCGACGGAGCCGGUGGCGUUUAUAACUAUGGGGGCUGACAAACUUUCAGUGUCAAAAUUGGUGAAUAAAAACUUAUCUGCGACUAAAUCACUUAUUGAUAAAGGAUGGGCAACAACAUUUCUACAACCUGUCGUCAGCGCAAAACAACAACAUGUGCGGCCUUUGUACUUCAACAAAAACGUCUCCACCUAUCCAAGGAGACUGGAUAACGUAAAACACGCUGGCGUUAGCCGAUAUGAACAACGAAACACGCGUUUUGUACCUUUGCCUGUGCUACUAGCGUGUAACACGAACACAAUCAGCGGGGCAAAAAGAAGAGCUCGUGCGCCUCACAGACGCCGUUCAACUAGUCACUUGCAUCAGUCGCUUUUAUCCAAACGUGAACGUCAUUAUAGAAGUAAACAACUGGCGGCUUCGUUUUUACAGAACUCAGAAAAUGACCGAAAUUGGACGUAUCCUUCUCAUGAAGAGAAACGAGUUCUGUGUCCAGUCAAUGAAACGUAUUUUAGAGAGAGAUUAAAGGCGCAUACGAUAAAUCAAAGAUUGGUGACGAUACAAGAAAUUGCAGAUGAAACCAAAGAAAACCCAACGGCUCCUGCCAAUACUUUGCAGGAUUCAGUGCCAAACCUCGAGAAUAAUGAAGAGAUUUCUAUUGCUAUCACCUCGGAGCCAAUCCAGCCUUCAGAAUCAAUCGCUACAGAAGAAUCGAAGCCGUCUGAACAGAUCACAAACGGAUCCCAGGAUAAAAAGAAAACCAGUUUUUUGAGAAGAAUCAUCAAAAGUGCAAAAGCAAAACCACCGAGACAAAAGUUUGCUUCGAAUAAACAAGAUGAAAAAGAAUUUGGCAUAUUCAAAGGCAUAUCAAAGAAAUCGUUCAAACAAGAUCGCUCGCGAGAAAGUAAAGUCAACAAAAAGAGCCGACUUUUUAGAAGGCACACUAAAAGUGAUGCAGUUAAGUCCACCGAGGAAGGCGACGUAAACGGGAAUAUUCCAGCAAGAACCAGUUCGGUGAUAGAGAGACGCGAUCAUCUUCCACAAAACGAGAGAGAAGAGAAUUUAUUGAGAGAUCCUGGUAAUCAAAUAUACCCCGAUCCGAGUGGACCAAAAGGUGAUAAAAAUCUACGCAGUGCUCUAUACAAACCAACGUUUCUUUGCAUGGCUGCUAUUGAAGCUCAAAAUUCAGGUGCAAAAGGUGGAAGAGCAAUUACUGAGGAAGAUGAAAAUUUGUUUGGGUUAGUUUCUGAUGAAGUAGAACCGCUUCCGACAUCGCUUAAAAGGAGAAGAAAUAAACAACACUCUUCAGCAGCGACACCUGGUGCUAGAAUAAAUUCUGAAACUGGUGACGUGUUGGAAAUGUCGGAAAUAAGAUCCGUUGCUGCGAUGCUUAGCAGUACGAAGAUUCUUGAGUGUGAGAGUCCAUUUUCAGAGUAAUCGGAUAAAAAAGGUGCUUAUAUUUUCAUUAGUACUAUUAUCGAUGUGUUUCAUUCGGUAGUAAAAACUCUAUUUGAUAUUGUGUUGGCGUCUAAAAUCGUUUUGAUUUAAAAUUGAUGCGAGUAUUACCAUUCAGGUUGUUUUCGCAAGUGGUUUUAGGAAACUUUAAGACUAUAUAUAAUAUGAUUUUCAACGAUACUGUCUUGUGGCUGUGGUCAUAAUCGCCGUCACUCGACUUGUUAACUGCUACCAACGAGAAGCAUUCCAAUUGCAUAACCUUAAAAGUUGUUACACUAGACUUAACCAUUCUACAAUUAAAUAUAGCUAAUUUUAUGGAAAUUCUGGCCUUUAUUGACGAUGGUUUUUCAAACAAUUCUAUAUACAUUUUGUCCUGUUCAUGUUCCGAUAUGUUGUAUUUUUAUGAUUCGCAGGUGUUUCCAUUUCAUAUAUUCCAUUUUUUUUUGAGUAUAUUUCUUCACUUGUAUGUGGUGGUUCCCGUAUAGAAAGCAAUACUUCCACAAUAUCCAAAUACUUCCUAACAUUAAUGUAGCGUAACUUCUCCCUUUGUUACUCUAAUUUCACCGCAUUUGAAAUGCACGUAUGUCUGUUAACAGUCACAAAAAAGUUCUCAAUCGAGCCAAGAAGUUUUGAAGCGUGCGUUAUAUUUUUACAUUUGGAUUAGGCCGUAUACUUUUGUUUGAUAAAUUCGUUGACUUAACAGUGUCGUUCACGCACUUAGUGUACAAUACGAUUGUUUGGAUCCAAAAUAAAUAAAGCAAUUAAUAGGUUACCAGAGGAAAUUCGUAGUUACAUGCAAUAUUUUGUGAUUUUUUUUGCUAUUCAAAUUUAUGUGAUUUCUUGAGUUUUGGGUGAGAUUUCGCCACGAUUUUGUGUGAACAUAUGCACUUGAAUACAAUAAAAUGUUACUGGUCUUCGGAG